CCUAAGUAGAAUGAGCAGAGAGAAACAUGGGGAGAACCAUUUUGCUUCUCAUCUCUGUGGUCCUUGUAGCUUAUUAUGUGUAUACUCCUCUUCCAGCUGAUAUUGAAGAGCCUUGGAAACUGGUACUCGAAGUAACGACAGAAAACAUAUACACGAAUUUGGCUUCUAUUUCUGAAAUUCUGGGAAUCGGUCAUUUCAUGAGCACAAUACAAUUGUUUUUGAGCCUUCAAGAAGUCCCAGCCAUUUCUGAUGAAAAUGUCGCUGUAAUAGACACGGCUUUCAGCAGUGUUCCUGUUCGCAUAUACAUGCCCAAAAGGAAGUCAGAGACUCUCAGGAGGGGCCUGUUUUAUAUUCACGGUGGUGGCUGGUGUUUGGGGAGUGCAGCUCUUUCUAUGUAUGACCUUCUGGCAAGACAGACAGCUGAUAGACUCGAUGCUAUUGUUGUGUCAACUGACUAUGGCUUGGCCCCCAAAUAUCAUUUCCCACGUCAGUUUGAAGAUGUAUACAGUGCUUUACGAUGGUUCUUACAGGAGGACAUUCUUGAAAGAUAUGGCGUAGAUCCUCGAAGAGUUGGUGUAGCUGGGGACAGUGCUGGUGGGAACUUAGCUGCAGCUGUGACCCAACAGCUCAUACAGGAUCCAGAUGUCAAGACAAAACUCAAGGUUCAGGCCUUAAUAUAUCCUGCCCUUCAGAUUCUUGAUAUAAACUUACCAUCAUAUCAAGAAGGUAUAUAUUUUCCAAUUUUAACUACCUCCUUGUUGGCUAGGUUUUGGAGUGAAUACUUUACUACAGAUCGAACACUGGAGAAAGCCAUGCUUCUCAACCAACAUGUACCUCUGGAAUCCAGUCAUCUGUUGCAAUUUGUGAACUGGAGUUCCUUACUCCCUGAGAGAUAUAAGAAAGGUCACAUCUACAAGAGUCCCACUCCUGGUAGUUCUGAACUGUCUAAAAAGUACCCAGGGUUCCUCGAUGUGAAGGCAUGCCCUCUGUUGGCCAACGACAACACUUUGAGCCACUUACCUCUGACUUAUAUCAUCACUUGUCAGUAUGAUGUCCUAAGAGAUGAUGGACUCAUGUAUGUGACACGGCUUCAGAAUGUUGGAGUUCAGGUGACCCAUCACCACAUUGAGGAUGGGUUCCAUGCAGCAUUUACCCUUCAUGGUUUUAAAAUUGCACACAAGAUGCAAAAUCAGUACUUGAGUUGGCUUAUGAAAAAUCUAUAGCAAAACCUACUCAAUGAUUUGUUGAAGAUACAUAAAUAACCAAAAAAGAAAUAAAUUAGGAAAAACUGUGAUUCUGAGGUUUCAUAUCCUGUUUAAAACCUCUGUUGUUCCUAAGGAGUUUUAGCUUCUGUGUUUUGUUACUGUUUUUUUAAUUAGUAACAGACAUCUUUCUAUUUUAUCCCUCCCCCUGCAUUUACCUACAGAAACACACCUGCAAACCAGGGUUUUAUGUAGGUGCUGAUCAUCCAAAUCCAUGUACUCGUGCCCGUGAAGCAGGUGCAUUACCAACUGGGCCAUGUGUACAGGUCCAAAUUCCUUAACAAUUCCACAGUGCACUUUUACUAUCCAUUAUUAUUAUACCUGUAAGAAAAUUGGGGCUUAAAGAAGUGAAACAAUAACAUAUGUUCUAAAUCUAGAUACAAAUUGCAGGAAUGACAAUCAAGUCCAUGUAAUAACAACAGCAAUACUUUAGAUUUGGAAACUGAACCUCAUUUUAUACUUCAUCAUUAAAAUGAAAUUUGAUCAUAUUUUCCCGAUGCUCUUGAUGUAUAUUUCAAGCUAGGCUUCAAAUAAAGCGUAAUUUAUAUAGUUACUGAUACUUCAUGCUACCCACUGCUUACUUUACAUUAUUUUAAUGUUUAUAACAUUUGAUUAGUUCAUUAAUACUGAGGAAAAUUUCACCUUUUUAGGUCAAAACCCAUGUACUUAUAACAAAUUGCUUAUUUCAUACUGUUCUGCUUUUAUAUUUCUAAGAGAAUGAGGUUUUGCAUACAGCAUUCUGUUCCCAACUAGAUCCACAAAGUAGUAACAUUCAUUUCUGAAUUCUCUAGUUUCUGUUCCCACUGAUUCAAUGAAAAUGCUCUGAUUGUGUGGUUAAGUUCAACACAUUAUACUAAUCUCUAUUCUGCUUGUAUGAGCUUGCAUGCAUAUCUAUUUCUUGCACCAGUAAAAUGGAUGCAAUUAUGCCUCAGUAAUAGGAUUAGGUAACAAAUGAAUUAAUUCAAAUUUUCAGUGGGAAAUUAUUGUGUAAUACAUUAAGAAUUAUAGAAGUAUAUUUCAGGUAAUGAGACCCAAAUCUACAUUUCUCAGCUCCCUUAGCCUGAAGGAUGACAAGUCUCAAGUCCACAGACCUCCAACUCUUAACCCACACUUUUUACUCAACUAGUUAGCUUCAGAUGUCCAAUCCUAGCCCUGAAACAGAAACAACAUGAAAACUCAGAAGACCAUGUCUCUUUCAGCAAUUACUAAUCCCAGAAUAAGGGGCUUGAUGUAUAUGACCUAUAAAAAUAAUCAGGCAAAUAAAUGAAAAAAAAUGAUUGUAACUAUGUACAAACAGCUCAAGAGAGGUUGGAGUAUACCACCAAAAUAACAAAAGCAUAGAACUGAAAUAAACAAGGAAGUCAAUCAAAGAUGCAAACUACUAUAUGUCAGUAAAGAGAAGUACUACAGAAAACCCAACUGGAAGGGUGAUGGAAAUGAAAAACUCAGGGAACCAAAUACAAAUCUCAAUAGGAAGCCUCAUAGUACAGGAGGUCCUUCUGUCUUUGUGUUGCUUUCGUUGAUUAAUAAAGAAACUACCUUGGGCCUGUGGAUAGGGCAGAACUUAUGUAGGCAGGGAAAACAAAACUGAAUGUCAGAGAGACGCCAUGGAUCUGCCAUCUGCCAUUGAAGAUAGACUUUCUUUGAUGAUAUGUUUAAAAGGACAAAUUUAGAUUUCGAUUGUAGCUGAAAACUGUUAAAGAUAUCCUAUACCAAUGUAAAAAGGCAGUCCCUCCUUGGUCAUCCUCCACUCCUUUAUUAGGAGAUGUUGUAGAUAAAGGAGUAUAUGUAUCACAAAGCAUCUUUAUCUGCUUGCAUAUGACUAACUCUCAGCAGAAAAUUGGCUCAAAGGUGCACAGAGCCGAGAUGACUUCUCCUUUAACCUUUUAUUCACAGAGGCUGGUAGUCAGAAAUAGCCAAGAUUUCUGGCCCCUGCUCCCCCCCUCCAGGUAAUCUAAGACAGGACAGACAUAACAGAAUGUAUAUAAUGAUGACAGGUAAGUCUGGAAAAUGGGAAAAGGGUCCCCAAGCUAAGCACAGUCAUCAGUCCUGUAGCAGAAGCACGGGCUUUAUUAACUAAAAUCAAAGGGAGGAAUUAUGAGGACCCACAGACGUGAGCCUGUUCCACCUUGAUUGGAGGUCAGAGAGCUUGAGCUUACUUUUGCUCUUUCAAAGUUGUUGAGAACAACAGGUGUGACUACAAACAAGAGAUUCUGACCUAGGGUGUGGUUAAUUAGUGUUUUGGGUGCAGAGGUGGAUCUGCACAACCAUGACCAAAGGUCAUAGAAUUCAAGUCUGUUCCUUGUGUGAUGCUAAUAAAAUCUGUUGGCUCCCUGUCCUCUUCUGGAGUGAAGUAUAUAAGCAUGUUGAACAUAAAGGCAGGUGGAUUCAGUAUCCACUGAAUUUCCCAACCAAUGCUGUUCUGUUUCUGUCUCUUAUUUCUCUCAAAUCUCUGAUUCUUUUGCUUAAUCAUUCUAAUCCUCAUGCCUCAUGUUCCUACCCUGGAAUGUACAAAUUUCAUCGAGGCUGCUCUUUGAUAGGCUACGUCUCUCGACUGAGAAAGGAGUUGAGCACUAAUUCCCAUCUCCAGCCAAAGAGCUCUUGACAAUUAAUUAAUUAAUAGCAGCUGGGAGAGGGAGGGUCAAUUUCUUUUUCUAAGAAUGUAGCUGUUUAUAAAUCACCAUGCUCUAGUAGAAGGCCAAACCUGCCAUUACUUUGGCAGCACAAGCUAGCUUUAUUGGAAAAAAAAGAACUGAAAGUUGCAUGGGUAAGAAAGUGGGGUUGGAUUUGGGUAGAACAGAGGGAGGAGGUAGGGUUAGGGUAAAUAGAACCAAAACACAUUGGUAUGCUGUUUCCAAAAUAGUAAUAAAUUAUAUCUAUAUACAGAGAAAUGCUAAAAGACAUCUGAGAAAAAGAGAUUAUAAGGAGAAAGAGGGAAACAAAAAGAAACAAGAAUUUUCAGAAAAGUAAUCAUUCAAACAAACUCAUAAUGUUUGAACAUCAACAUAGUUCUAUUGCGUUUUUAGUGUAAACAGCAAAAAAUCAACUAAAAUUACCUGCAUAAGUAAGUCUAUGUACUGUCGAUAUAGAGAUUCAUAAAAUAGGAUGUCAAAGUGUUAAAUGUAAUAAAGAAUGGAAGUCAA